UCGAACGAAUCAGUUAACUAUCGCAACUUAUUGGUUACAAAACGUUUAUACAGCAAUUGAUUGGAAUGAGGUGAAUUGGUUGUAUACGGCAGUGUUAUGAAUUAUGUGAGUUAACAAGAAUUAUUUACAUUGUGGUUGGUGAAUCGUUAAUAAACAAGUAAUUUUGUACAUUUUGGAUGCGCUAAUUGAUGGUAAAAAUUUACAAUUGAUGGCGUCAAAAGGCUACGUUUCCGUAGAUACAGGAAAUGGAAAGCGUUCGUUGAAUCCAUCUACACUAUCCAAAGUUUUCCUCUGCUGGGUAUUUCCAUAUCUAAGAACUGGUCGGACAAAGAAUUUACAACUCAGUGAUAUAGAUGAAAUUUCCAUUGAAAAUGCGGCGGAAACCAUAGGCGAACGAAUAACCACUGUUUGGUUCGAAGAACAGAAAAAAUCUGCGCCUAAACUGACUGCCAGCCUGAUUUCCACUUUUUUACCAUUUUUUGCUUAUGCAACGUUUCUAUUGAUAGUGAAAGAUUGUAUAUUCAGAAACAUUUCGUUCAUGGGUAAAUUCCAGAGUAGCUCAGGGCCCAGCACUUGGAAUUCUUAUAGAUGCAUUCUCACGCUCAGAACCCUCCGGAUUUAAACACGGGGUUUAUGCUGGUGUUGGGCUCGUUGUGGCAUUGGUGUUGUUCACCAUUUUUCACCAUUAUUCCAUCUUCCUUUGCUUUGAACUUGGAAUGAAGAUUCGAGUAGCUGUGACCAUGCUCAUCUACGAUAAAGCGCUAAGAUUGAGUCAGUGUUCACUGGGUGAAACGAAUGUCAGUCAAAUCAUCAAUCUAUUGACGAAUGACGCGAAUCGCUUCGAUCGCGGUAUACCGUUCCUUCCAUACCUGAUUGUUGCGCCGUUGCAAAUCGUGAGCACAACUGGUGUGCUGUGGAUUUAUUUGGGUCCCAGUUGUCUAGCGCUACCAAUUCUACUCCUACUCCUUGUUCCAUUCCAAAGUUGGGUGGGAAAAAUGUUCGGAAAGUUUCGAGACGCAGCUGCAAAGAAAACGGACAAUCGAAUUCGAAUAAUAAAUGAGGCUAUAAAUGGAAUCCAGAUGAUCAAAAUGUGUGCGUACGAGAACGUUUAUUUCAAGAAAGUGAUAAGAGCUAGGAAGGCUGAACUUCAAGUUAUCUCGAGAACGUGGAUGUUCGAUGCGCUGAACAAAAGUAUUUUCGACGUGGCGUCAAAGUUAAUGAUUAUGUUCACCUUGGUGCUGUACAUUCUCGUUCCGAAUUCUGUUGUGGAUGCUACGACAGUUUUUAUUACGCUUACGCUUGCCAAUUAUGUGCGAAAUGCAAUUACGAAUUUUUUACCAAUGGCAGUCACGUCACUCUUCGAACUUCGUGUUUCGAUAAACCGAAUUGAGACAUUUUUACUAUUGGAAGAAAAAGAAAAUGUUUUACCUAACCAGGGCAGCACAGAGAAACACGGAAUCUGUAUGAAGGAUUUUACAGCACGUUGGACAAAAGACGGUCAACCGGCUGUAUCGAAUGCGACGAUUGACAUUCAACCUGGAAAAUUAACUGCGGUGAUUGGAUCCGUUGCUUCGGGGAAGACGUCACUUAUUCAUGGAAUUCUGGGAGAGUUGCUCACAGAAACAGGUGCUGUUAAUGUUGAAGGAAGUGUUUCUUAUGCUCCACAAGAUGCCUGGUUAUUUUCGGGCACAAUUCGAGAUAACAUUCUUGCCGGGCAGAAACUGGAUCAUGAGUGGUACGCAGAAGUUGUGGACGCAUGUUCGCUCACCCAAGACAUCGAUAUGUUUCCGGAAGGCGACCAGACUUUUGUCGGAGAAAAGGGAAUGGUUUUAAGCGGAGGUCAGAAAGCGAGAGUCAACUUGGCGCGAGCCGUCUACAGAAAUGCAGACAUUUAUUUACUCGAUGAUCCACUGUCUGCUGUCGAUGUCAAAGUGGGGAAACGUUUAUACGAAAACUGUAUUUGUGGCAUACUGAAGUCGAAAACCGUCGUAUUGGUCACUCAUAAUCUAAAUCUGUUAAGUGCCAAUGAAGCUUCUGUUCAAGCUGUUGUGCUUAAAGACGGCAGAGUAGCCGCAAACGGUUCUUUCGCUGAAGUCAAGCAGCACUUGGAUUGGGAAGUGACAUCAAAUUUUGACGUAGAUCAGCACGACAAAGAAAUAAAAACAUCGAAGAAAAUCGAUCCAGCAGCAGCUACUGUCGUUACUGACAAACCAAACACCGACAAAACCGGUAAAAAUGAUGGUCGCGCGGAAGCUCGAACCGAAGGAACCAUUUCAUGGAGUCUUCAUCAGAAAUAUUUCUGUGCUGGGAAUGGCUGGUCAAUGUUCCUAUUCUUUUUAAUGGCAACUCUUGCAACACAAAUUUUCAUAUCCGGAUCGGAUUACUGGCUUAAAGUCUGGUCUGCUACAGAAUCCAGAAAUGAUAUCAAUGUGGAAAAUGAGACGUUGACCACCUGGAAUACGACGAACAAGCUCGGAUUGAAUACGAGUAGUGAUGAGACACAAACCUUGUCCGGCACAAGUCAUCAUCGUUAUUUUUACGUAAGCAUUUACGGUGCAAUUAUUGCUGGUAUUUUCGUUACAUCGUUUUUACGGAAUUUCGCGUUGGUCUUUUGGACAAUGGCAUCGUCCAGUAAACUCCAUAACAAUUUAUUUAUGUCCCUGUUACGGGCACCGAUGAAUUUCUACGAAAAGAAUUCUAUGGGUCGUGUUCUGAAUCGCAUAGUGAAUGACAUCGGCAAUAUCGACGACACCUUGCCACGAAUUUAUCAAGCCGUUGUCAAUAAUGUAUUCCAAAUAAUCGGUGCACUAUGUCUUGCAUGCUAUCUGCAACCGGUUAUGUUGGUCCCAGCUCUUCUCUUAAUCACUUUGUUUUACUGGCUGCGAAAUUUCUUUCUACCAACUGCGUCCGAUAUUAAACGCAUCGAAUCCAUUGCCCGCAGUCCUGUAUUUGCCCAUGUGGCAACCACAAUUGCCGGCCUUACGGUUAUACGUGCACUGAAAUCGCAAGAUUUCCAUCGGCAACAGUUUGUACAAAAACAAGAUCUGCAUUCGAGCGCAUUUUACCUAAAUAUCGGAAGCAGUCGUUGGUUCGCCCAGGCUACCGACUGGCUUUCAACGGGAUUUUUCGUCAUACUUGUGAUCAGUUAUUGGCUGGCUUCGACGGAUGAUGGCAGUUCGUUGGGUUUAGCCAUCUCGAACGCCCUUAUGUUGACUUUGAUUUUUUCAUUCGGCGUUAGCCAAGUGACCAUGCUAGACAAUCAACUAAUUGCUGUGGAAAGAGUGUUAGAAUACACUGACAUACCGUCGGAAGGAGAUCUUCUUACACCAGAUUCAAACGUUGUGGCAUGGGGUGACAAAGGGAAAAUAGAAAUAUCGUCAGCCACAAUUGUCUUCGAUGGGAAUCCCGUCCUACGUGACAUAUCGCUAGAAAUCAAUCCUGGCGAACACAUUGGUAUUGUCGGCCGAACAGGCGCCGGAAAAAGUACACUGAUCAAUGGCAUCUAUCGCCUUGUAAACCUAGCGUCUGGUCAAAUAAAAAUUGAUGACGUGGACAUAUCGUCGGUUGGCCUCCAUAAUCUACGUAGACGAUUGACAAUAAUGCCACAAAAUCCGCAGCUAUUUACUGGAACGGUUCGAUAUAACUUGGAUCCGCUUGAGUUGAAAAACGAUGACGAACUCUACGAAGCCUUGAGGGCAGUUAAACUACUGGACCGUUUGGAUAACAAUCUUUUCACAGAGGUAGCUCAAGGUAGUACAAAUUUCAGUACAGGCGAGAGGCAGCUACUGUGCUUAGCUCGUGCAAUUUUAAGUCGAACAAAGAUACUGUUACUGGAUGAAGCGACAGCUAGCUUAGACGCAGAAACCGAAAGUGUCAUACAAUCUGUGAUUAGCAAGAACUUUGGCGACUCAACUGUUAUAACGAUUGCACAUCGCCUGGAUACUAUCAUCAAAUGUGAUCGAGUCCUUGUACUGGACGCUGGUGCAGUAGUUGAAUUUGACGAGCCUCAUGUUUUGUUGCAAAAUAGAUCGGGCGAUUUUUAUGACUUAGUGAACCAGUCAGAUGGAGGUGGUUCGGAGUACCUGGCCCGUUUGGCAGAGGAAGCCUACAAUGCAAGACAUAACAAUUCGGAAUCGACGUGAAGAUGCAAUGCGCUAGUCAGUGGAUUAUCCAAAUCUAUACAAUAUUUAAGCUAUCUGAUCGUUUAACUGAAUUAAAUCCAAGUUUCGCAAUUGAUUUCA